GGAAUGUAUGAGGCCCAAUAUAUUCCACGACUCUUCUCUUUCCAAACAGACUAAAGCUGUUUAUUGCGCAAUUGAGACGUAAAUUGUGUUUUUUAUGAUGAUAUAAUUGUUUUAAUUUAUGUUUCUUUUGCAAGAUUCUUUUGGGGUUUUCAUUUAUGCUUGUUUUGCAAGAUUUUAAUGCCUUUUUGAUAGGCGUACGAUUUUUUUUUCAUUUUCAACAGUACGAUAACUUUGAAAUUCAAAUACGAUAAUUCUCUUUCGAUCACCUGGCAACACUAGCCGGCCAAUACUGUCAAAAAGGCAAUAUGUUCACCGACAAAGUUGUCCUAAUCACUGGCGCCAGUUCUGGAAUCGGCGCCGAAACUGCUUUGGAGUUUGCCAAAUUAAAUGCAUCUCUAGUAAUAACUGGAAGGAACCAGGAGAAUCUGUCCAAAAUUGCCAACCAAUGCGAAGAUAAUUCACCAGCUAAACACAAACCUCUCGUAGUUGUCGCUGACAUGACGAAUGAAAACGAUGUCAAGAGAAUUAUAGACGAAACUAUAAAAAAGUUCCAAAAACUUGAUGUUCUUGUGAAUAAUGCUGGUGUGUUGGAAUCAGGAACAAUAGAGACAACUUCGUUGGCGCAAUAUGACAGAGUCAUGAACAUGAACGUCCGCUCACCUUAUCAUCUCACGACUUUAGCGGUGCCGUAUCUUUUGCAAACUAAAGGCAACAUCGUCAACGUGUCGAGCGUGACGGGUUUACGAUCUUUCCCGAAUGUUCUUGCGUACUGCAUGUCGAAAUCUGCUUUGGAUCAGUUUACAAGAUGUGUAGCUCUCGAGCUAGCACCUAAAGGAGUCAGAGUUAAUGCUGUUAACCCUGGAGUGAUAACCACUGGUUUGCAUAAGAAAGGAGAGGGCAGCAUGAAUGAUGAGCAAUAUGAAGCUUUUAUAAAGAAGUGCGCUCAAACGCACGCUUUGGGACGACCUGGAGAUGCGAAGGAAGUAGCGUCAGUUAUUAUUUUCUUGGCCAGUGAAGGUGCUAGUAAUAUUACUGGAGCAACUCUACCCGUUGAUGGAGGACGCCAUGCUAUGUGUCCUCGUUAAUUAUAACAGGUAAAGUUGCCUUUCAAGUUCAUUGUGAUACGAGAUUUAUGUAACUUAUGGAAACAUAAUUAGACAGCAUAUUUUAAAUAAUGUACUUGAUGUAUUUUCUCCUAUUGUUAUUUAAGUUAAAGGUGUUGGUGGUCCAACCAAUAAAUGAUAUUUUAGAUAUUU